AUGGCAAAAAAGACAUACGAUUUAUUGUUCAAACUAUUAUUAAUUGGUGAUUCUGGAGUAGGAAAAACAUGUAUAUUGUUUAGAUUUUCAGAUGAUGCAUUUACGACAACUUUUAUAUCAACAAUAGGUAUAGAUUUCAAAAUAAAAACUGUAGAGUUACGGGGUAAAAAAAUUAAGCUACAAAUAUGGGAUACUGCUGGACAAGAGAGAUUUCACACGAUAACUACCUCUUAUUACAGAGGCGCCAUGGGUAUAAUGUUAGUUUAUGAUAUUACCAAUGAAAAAAGCUUUGAGAAUAUAGUGAAAUGGUUAAGGAAUAUAGAUGAACAUGCUAAUGAAGAUGUGGAAAAAAUGAUAUUAGGUAAUAAAUGUGAUAUGACAGAUAAGAGAACAGUCAGUAAAGAAAGAGGUGAAACGAUUGCACGCGAGCAUAGUAUAAGGUUCAUGGAGACGUCCGCGAAAGCCAACAUCAACAUCGAGCGAGCGUUCAGCGAACUAGCGGAGGCCAUAUUGAUAAAAACGGCCGGUAAGGAACCAGGGGAUCCCGUGGACAGAGUCACGGUGGACAGAAGACCCACGAACACCUCGAAAUCUUGUUGUAAUUAG